ACAGCAGCACACGAGCUAACUAGAACCACAACAACAACAACAACAUAAGUUGAGGCAUUUUCCAGACCAAAUUAGAUCUCUAUUUGCAUAAAUCAAUGGAUGUGUUAUUGAUGAGCUAGGGUUUCUGGUUGCCGUUUGCUGGAGGAAAAUCUUGAGAGGGGUUGGGUUUUUGGGUGUGAUUGGUGGUGGUGACAGAAAUGGCGGCCAGGAACCCUUUCGAUUUGCUCGGAGAUGAUGAUGCCGAGGAUCCAUCGCAGCUGAUUGCAGCGCAGAAAGCUGCUGUGUCGAAGAAGGAGCUGGCUCCGGUUCAGACUAAGGCAGCUGUUGCGGUAGCUCAAGCUAAGCCUGCUAAGCUUCCUUCUAAGCCUCUGCCUCCAUCUGAGGCUGUGAGGGAGGCAAAGAGUGACGCUGCACGUGGAGGACGUGGAGGUGGUGGUGGACGUGGAUUUGGACGGGGGCAUGGUGGUGGUGGAAGGAGUAGACGUGACUCUUUCAAUGAUGAAAACUCAUAUGGCAACGUUGCAGUACCUGGUGGUCAAGGUGGACCUGAAGAUGGAGAGGCAGAGAAGCCCUCUGAAAGGCGUGGCCAUAGUGGGCCUCGUCCUUAUCGUGGUGGUCGCCGUGGUGGUUUCAGUAAUGGAGAAGCUGGAGAGGAGGAACGCCCCCGCAGGCAGUUUGAACGCCAUAGUGGGACUGGGCGUGGAAAUGAGAUGAAACGUGAAGGAGCAGGCCGUGGAAACUGGGGAACUCAGGCAGAUGAACUUAAGGAGGUGACUGAAGAAGUUGUUGAUGAUGGUAAGAAUUUAGGUGAUGAAAAGCCAGCAGGAGAAGAAGAUGCUGGGGGUGCUAACAAGGAGAGCCCAGCAAAUGAAUCUGAGGAAAAAGAACCUGAGGAGAAGGAGAUGACUCUUGAGGAGUAUGAGAAGGUGCUUGAGGAGAAGAGGAAGGCCCUGCAAGCACUUAAGACUGAGGAAAGAAAGGUGGAUGCCAAGGAGUUCGAGUCCAUGCAGCAGCUUUCAAAGAAAAAGAGCAAUGAUGAUGUCUUUAUCAAAUUGGGCUCUGAUAAAGAUAAGAAAAAAGAGGCAGCUGAGAAGGAAGAGAAGGCCAAAAAGUCUGUCAGCAUUAAUGAAUUCCUUAAACCUGCUGAACGGGAGAGGCUCUACAAUCCAGGUGGCCGUGGCCGUGGCCGUGGUCGAGGUUCAAGAGGGUUUGGUGGGGGCAGUGGCAUGAGUGAUCUCUCAGCCCCUAAAAUUGAAGAUCCCAGUGAUUUCCCAACUUUAGGGGUCAAGUGAGAUUCUCAAGACCCAUUUACAAACUCUUAAUUUUCCUUUUGCAUGUUUUGGGUUAUUUAAUGUUGGGCAAGAAGUUGGCUAGAAUAACAUGGUCUCUUGUGGCCAAAAGGAGUUCAAUUUUAUGCUUUAAAAUGUAUAUUUUGGUCCUCCUCACUUGUCUCCUUGUAGUUCUCUCUAUCAGAAUGCUAGGAUAUUUCCUUUCCAAGAAUUUGAAGUCAUGUGAAACAGUUUAACUUAUGAUAAGAAACUCUUAUUGGUCAGUUUUGAUUUGUCAUGGAUGGAACUUUUUAGCUAAUUUAUGCCAGCAUGACGAAUACCGGUGAGGCAGUUGUUCUAUUUUGUUACUAAAUUAUGCCAACACGAAUGCGGAUGUGGCAGUUCUGGACCCUCAAAUUUUCUGGUUGUAGUGGAAAUUUGUAAGUACAGGACAAGGCAAUCCUGAUAUGCAAGUAGGAACCGUGAUUUCCCUUGUUAUCGAAACACAAUACCCUUUCACCAGGAAUGAAUGGCGUCCAUUGUUGCAUUGUUUAAAGGAAUGAAUGGGAGUUGUAUCG